GAGGGGAGCGAUAUACUGGCACAGUCUGUACUGCAUUGCAUUGGCACUGGCUUGGAAAGCAAACAGAACAGAAAAGAGAGAAAGAGGAAGAGGGAAAGCAAACAGAACAGAAAAGAGAGAAAGAGGAAGAGGGAAAGAGAGAAUGUUUUUCUGGUGAUCCUAGAACAACUGCAACACUGCCCUGAAGGAGGGAGGGCAAGAGGGAGGAGAGAAAGAGAGUGAGGGAGAGAGGAAAGACAGAAAUAGUCACACACACACAAGCGCAAAACAGACUGUCAAGGAAUAAUUUUCCUUCCCGUUGGCUCACUCUAUAAUCUUCCUCCUCCAGCAUGCCUUUGUAUUUCCUCUUCUCCUUCUCUUUUUUAUCUCAACUUUAACUAUUCAUGCAUUAGAUUUUGUAUGCAUCUUUCUCCCUCUCCCUGACUCUCUCUCUCUCCAUCGCUCUCUCUGUCUUCCUCCCUCCCUUCUCCUCACCACCUGUUAGUCUUGAUUCUCUCUUCACCGGAAUUUCCAGUUUUUGUGUGGGAGUUUCACACUCACGCUAUUACUAAGCCAUAUGACUGUGCGAAAGGGAAACAAGCGCCUGACCAUCUCCAUCCAGGAACACAUGGCCAUUAACGUCUGUCCCGGCCCAAUCCGCCCCAUACGACAGAUCUCUGCCUACUUUCCCCGCCUCUCGCCAACUUCCUCCGUCUCUGAGUUGAAUCCAGCCAAUCUGGCUGGGUUUCCCUCCACACUCAGCCCCGGCAGCGGAGGAGGGGCAGUAGGGGGAGGAGGAGUGGGCGGCGGUGGCCAGUUGUCCCCAUUGUUGGUGGGGGCGACGGGGGAUGGUGGAGGGGGCACGUUGUCGGCCAUGAGUAGCAUGGACACAUCAAUCGAGAUCGACAGCUGCGACAGCGAUGACAGUACCGCCUUGGGGACAUUGGAGUUUGACCUGCUGUAUGAGCGAGCCACCAGCUCCUUACACUGCACCAUAAUCAAAGCCAAGGGUCUGAAGCCAAUGGAUUUCAAUGGCCUGGCCGAUCCUUACGUCAAGCUGCACCUGCUCCCAGGAGCCUGCAAGGCGAACAAACUGAAGACCAAGAUUGUGCACAACACCCUGAACCCUGUGUGGAAUGAAAGACUCACCUACCUGGGCAUCACAGAGGAGGACAUGUACAGGAAGACACUCAGGGUGUCUGUGUGUGACGAGGACAAGCUGACGCAUAACGAGUUCAUCGGAGAGUCACGGGUGGCCCUGCGCCGCGUAAAGCCCGACCAAACCAAGCGCUUCAACAUUUGUCUGGAACACCCACCGCCUCUUCCCUCCCCUUCUGCAAUGAGUGCGGCACUGAGAGGCAUUUCCUGCUACCUGAGAGAGUGGGAGAGUGAACAGCAGAGGAGUCUGGAGGAGAGGGGUCGUCUGCUGCUCUGCCUGCAGUUCCUCCCCCCGUCCAGUGAGGUCGAUAAGGCCAAAGGGGAGGCCAAGGAGAGGGCCCGCGGAGGGCUCUGUGUGGGUGUGCAACGCUGCGCCCACCUAGCAGCCAUGGACGUCAACGGAUUCUCGGACCCCUACGUCAAAACGUACCUCAAGCCAGACCUGCAGAAGAAAUCCAAGCAUAAAACAGCCGUCAUAAAAAAGACUCUUAACCCUGAGUUUAAUGAGGAGUUCUUCUAUGAGAUCUCCUUCACGGAGCUGUCCACCAAAACUCUGGAGGUCACCGUCUGGGACUACGACCUAGGGAAAUCCAACGAUUUUAUUGGAGGCGUGUCCUUAGGCUGUCACUCACAGGGAGACACUCUCCAGCAUUGGAUAGACUGUCUGAAGAACAAGGGCACAAAGGUGGAGCGAUGGCACACGUUGACCAAUGAGCUGCCUGGAUCCACAUUCCAUGAAUGAAAAUGGGCCAAUAAUAAUAUCUCACCACUGUACUGUUUUUGGCCAAAAUGUUUGGCUAAAAUGGGAUUCUGGAUGAAAAGCUGUUCAUAAUCGCAUGUUAUGGAGAUGUAUUCUGCAUGACUUGAACAUUUUAGUCUAUACACUGACUUUGAACCAUGAAAGGGUUUAGGAAUCAUACAAACAUAUCCCAGAGGCCGCAAUAAGGGAAUGCGGGGGUCGUUCAGUGGGGCACAAUGUUUUGACUGUUCAGAAAGAAAUGGUAGGGGUGUGGAGUAAGUUGAGCCACCCUUGUUUCUAAGAAACGAUACACAAAAUUAAUAAUUUGGCCAAAUAUUUAGGAAGCAGUC